GGUGAGAUGUGGCGAUACUUAAAAGAUUGGUUCUUUUGCGAGAGUCCGCCCCUGGAAUUUGCCGGCAAGGACGAGGAGACCGAGAUGCUCCCUCGGGGGGGCCGCACACUUUUUGAUAAAGUCGAAGGAGUGCGGGAAGACGGGAUAGAGGACACCGGCGAUCCGGGCGCCCCGGAAGAAAACGUACACGAUGAAAUCCGGGCCGGGCCUCCUCGAGAAAUAGAAAGUGGCGUCGCCGACGGAGAAGGCGCCCACCGAGCGCUACCCGCGAGCGGAGAAGAAGAUAGGGAACUCGAAAAUUUACUGCCGGGUACCAGCGGCGCACUGGUUAACAUUCGGAACGAGCUCACAGAGGCGGACCGCCACGGAGAUGACAUCCACCAGGUCGAAGGGGAGGCCGUCGAUAGAGAAUCGGCGCCGAGGAACCCGCGUGAGGAGGAAGCCAGGAAGCGAGUGUGGGCGCUGCUGUGGGCCUUUAUGGCGUCCAUGGACCUCGCAGGAGUCCUAAUGUACUUCGUCGUGAUGUACUACAUGCUCGUCGUGUACAGGCCCAACUUCGCCGCCAUUUUCGGAUACGGCUACGGAAGAAACAUGUGAAAAAGACAAUAAACUUCAGGAUCUUACUUGUCUGUUGUUUUUUGUCCAAAAUACCUCAAUACAGACUCCGAUAGCUGUUUGACUUAUACACGGUUUCGAAAAGUUCAAUAAAA